AUGAAGCCGGAAGCAUCACCAUCCCAAGACCACACCCCCAAAACAACCAUCCCCCCUCCCGCCUACAUCACCAUCGACUCAUCAGGCAGCGAAGAAGCCUACGACCUCGAAGCAUACCCAUCCCAGUACGACGAGGAAAGGAUUCAGCACAUCUACAUUCCACCCCAGUCUACCGUCACCGUCACCGUCUCAGAACCAGAACGAAGACGUCGUGAGUCUUUUCCGCUGCCACAUAUCUCCACAAAGCCACCCUGCCCAGUCCCCUCCAACCAUCUAGCCCACGAGGACACAGGACGAUAUGCCCCCCUCGCCUCCAUGAUCUUUGGAAUCGUCCUGAUGAUCAUAGUCGGCGGGCUAAUUGCCAUGGUGAUCGUCGCGAUUGUUUUGGAAGCGAAGAACGUCUCCAAAUCCAGCUAG